GGCGGAGCGGGCGGUGUAAACAGACCCGGGAGCCGCGAGCCCCGGAGGAGGCGCGGGCGGCGCCGCCAUGGACUUCCAGCAGCUGGCAGAUGUCGCGGAGAAGUGGUGCUCCAGCACGCCUUUCGAGCUCAUCGCCGCCGAGGAGACCGAGCGCAGGAUGGACUUCUACGCCGACCCAGGCGUAUCCUUCUACGUGCUGUGUCCGGACAACGGCAGCGGCGACAGUUUUCACGUGUGGAGCGAGAGCGAGGACUGCCUGCCCUUCUUGCAGCUAGCACAGGACUACAUCUCUUCCUGCGGCAAGAAGACGCUUCAUGAAGUCUUGGAAAAAGUCUUCAAGUCCUUCAGACCUUUGCUGGGGCUUCCGGAUGCCGAUGAUGACGCAUUUGAAGAAUACAGUGCCGAUGUGGAGGAGGAGGAGCCAGAGGCGGACCACCCCCAGAUGGGGGUCAGUCAGCAGUAAACUCCUGGGUCACCUUCCAGAAGGGGGAGUAAGCCCUGUGCUACCCAUGGGGCCCCUGCGCUCCUGUGGCAGCCUUCUGCAUUCGCUCUUCAAAACAGGACGGCCGGCUCCUGGCAUCCAAAUGAAAAUGAAAUAACCUCUUGAAUGACCACACAAUAUCUGUGAUGGCCUUCGCUCAGAAGUGACCAGAAUUUGGGUUCCCACUUUGGCGGGGUCUCUAUGAAGAUGUCUUGGCAGCCACUUUGCCACUUUAAAGUUAGAGUCCGUGUUGUGGCUGCCUGUUCCCCCUUGAGUUUGUGUUGGAGAACCAACGUCUCCUAGGUGGAGUGUGGAGAACUCUGAAUGUAGUAAGGAUGUGUUCUGAGUCCUCACAUGGGACCUUGCUGAGGAAAAGCAUGGCAGAGGAGAAAUGCAGCCUGCACUUUUUUUAUGUACCUUUUGAGUGUCCGUAAGUGAAAGGUUUUGCUUAGAAAGCAUGAGUUUUAAUAAUCUAGUCGUGAACUGCCCAAGUGCAAAUGCAGAGGGUGGGGGUGGCUGAGGCUCCUUGGAGAGUUUCAGCAUUGUAGAAUUGGUUACCUGGGCAUGUGGCAGCCAGCUGCUGGUUAGUGUAAAUCUUCCUGUGGUUGUUUGAUCGUUUUAAAACAUGCUGAUUCCAAAGCCACUUUUCAAUUCUGAUAGCGGAAACUAUAGAUGGGGCGAAAGAUAUAAAUUAUUGAUUUCUUUAAGCUGGUUAUAAACCUACAUAUGAAAUGAAGCCUUUACCUUUCCCUCUUUACGAUGAGAUGGCAACUUAUUAAAUCAUGAAAGCAAACAGAAUCCGAGCAAGUGCCCCUCAAGCUUUGAAGCCAUAGACAAAUCUAGCAGGAAAAUAAACUAGGAUUUAAAAAAAAAAUUAAUAUAAUGAAAUCUUUUACUUUUCUAAUCUUUUAUUCUGUAAAAUGUCAAGAAAGGUUCCCAGUGAGUUGGUUUAUUUAAAAUUAUAAUUACAUACUCCAGGGAGCCUACUUGCAGUGAAAUUUAAAGUGAUAUGAAAGUAGGAAUCUUAAUUAUGGGAUUACUUGGUUACAAGAGGAUGUUUUUAAUGAUCAGGACACACAGACAGCUCCCAGAAGUAAUUGCCAUCGUCAUUUAGCCAAUAAACACUUACCAGGAAGGACAUCCUCUGACACCAUAGUGACCCUUCCAUGUCUCAGGUUCUCAAAACUUAGGAUGCAAGUGUCCCCUUUACAGCACUUAAUUCCUCCGCGCAUCCAGUUUGAGAAUGUUACACACACACACACACACACACACACACACACACACACACACACACACACACGUUACACUACCAGUAUUUUAAGUUAAGAAGAGGAAGAAGAUGAAGAAAUCUGCAAUGGCAGAAGCGUGUGCAUAUGGCAGGCAUGUCGGGUUGUUUUCUGUGUAACCCAGUGUAGUAUGGAGAGUCUCGCUGCUCUGUGCUGCACUGUUCGGUUGCUGGGUGAUGUCACAUACUGGUCUCCACCUGUGCUUCUGUACCUAUGUGGUUUAUUUUCUGGGAGAAACUUAUUAAUGGUGAUGUUCAAGCCAAGUGACGCCCCUUGAAGUGGCCCUUCAGCAAAGUCAGACGGAGUGUUCCUUCCAGGGUGUGAGGUCCAGCCUUUGCAGGCCUGCCCAGGGUCCCACCAUGUCGGCUCACAGCAGGGAGACAGAGCUCUCUGCCUCGUAGACAUAUGUUCUGGGGUAGGUAACUUCCUUUUAAAUAUGGUAGGCCACAUAAAUGACUUCGUGGAUAAAAUGAAGUCGCCUGAGCAGUUUGCUCCAUUCCAAGGUAACCUGAAAUUUUAUACCCAGAGGCUUCACCUGUAAAUUUACAUGUGUUUGAAUAUUAAUAUAAGAUGAAUUUUUUAAAAAUCAAAAACGCAUUUAAAACUUUGACCAAAUAUACUUGGUGUUACCAUAUUAAUGUUCUCUGUUUGUACAAGUUGAGCUGAGAUCCCUAGCGGCACAGUGGGCUGCUUUCUUCUGCCCAGGGGUCAGGAGGAGGGACAUCCCUGGGUGUGGCUGAUUUCCACCGCAAACACCAGAGGCAUCAGCAGAUCCACUGUCCUUGCAAACCUGCUGUUGUGUGUGUCCCUUCCAGGGUGCACGUGUGUGCACAAGCAUGCACACACUCAACUCCUACCCAUUCUAUGGAUUCUCUUGUCCCAGCUACGACUGAGGUUGAACAGGUCCACGGCG